UUUGAAUAAUCCCCACAAGAUCCAUGUGAACUCACUUUCGAUCUCGGUCGAAACAUCAACGAAUUGUAAUUAUGUACGAAAUGGGAUGAAAAGGAGGUCACUAUUCAUGUAAAAAGAUCUUGCAUUGAGUUGGUCAAAGUGGUCAAACAACUUGGAAAAAAAAACAUGGAGAUGCCAGAGCACUUCACAGCAUGGUCUAUUCGGAUGUCGAAAGCACUUGAUGACAGUGGAACCGGGCAGUAUACCGUAAUGGAGCGGAGACGUACUUUUAUGUGUAUGGAGCGAAUUGCGACGAUACAAUCCCAAGUACUAGGAGAAAACUUUGAGUGUUUUCAUUUCGGGAGCCAGUCCGAAGGGACCACCACGCCCGGUCUCCAGUCUGAUAUUGAUUUCCUUAUCAGUCGCAACGAUAGGAAUAUCAUGACAGUCUGGGAAGACUGGGAGGCUGGAAUGAUGAACCUUCUGAUGCUUCAUGACGACAUGAAUCCCCCUCAACAGUACUUGCUGCAAUUACUUAGGCAAUUCACGCCGGAACCGCAGACUCGUUUGUUGUACGAUUGGCUUGUUAGGAAAAACACUGUGCAAUUACUGUUGAGCUCUGAACGGUUUAAACAGGGCAUCGAGUAUGAAUAUAAAAAAGAAAACGAAGAAGUUACCAAGAGUGGACCUUCUGUUAGCUGGAUACCUAAUUGGGAUGUGGUAUUCGCAAUGCCUGUGCGCAAACCUCUUCCUGAAAUAAAACACUGGAUAGACAGAUGUAGAGGUAGAGGUAGACACUGGCCGCCUGGUCAGCUACUGGAUGCUGCACAAGUAGCUCCGUGUUUCCUGGUACCUGCAGGACAUCCGGACAGUGAUUACACGCGCGAAGAAUGGAGACUGUCUCCGAACCUGAUAGAACGAAUGUUGAUGUUUAGCUUUAAUAUGACACACUUAAAAUGUUAUAUUGUUUUAAAAUUAAUUAAGAAAUCCGUAUUUGCUAAAAUUGUGGAAGAUUCUAGAACAAGCUUUCAUUGUAAAACUAUAAUGUUUUACAUCAUCGAACGAACACAUCCGUCUCUGUGGUUCGAACAUAAUCUUAUGGUUCUAUUUCGUUUUUGUUUACACGUAUUAAAGAAAUGGUUGCGAAUGGGAAGGCUCCCUCAUUAUAUCAUAGAAGGGGUGAACUUGUUCGAUGGUAAACUCUCUAAGGUUAAGCAGAGACGCCUUUUAGUUUAUAUAGACUCCAUGAUUAGGAACAACUUACAAGAUGUAUUUUAUAUUGGUCUAGGUAAUAUAGGGUGUCGGUUACAAGCGUGUGAUAUAGUGAGGAUAGGACAAGAUGUAGAACUUGGACGUGCAUGCUUACGAAACAGUAUCAGCUUAUUGUUGAAGAAUCAGUUCUUAGAUACGUUUCUCCCAGCUAUUGGAACUAUAACAGAUGAAAUGAAAAGUUCUAAUAAGAAUUUCGAGAAAAACUGUACAAUAUAAAUUACGCGAUGUUUUUGAAUACUCUAUGAAUGUCCGGUUAAAAUCCGUUGCUAUAGAAUUUGUUAAAAGAUUUUUGCAUUACAUAAUUCUAUGCAAUCAUCUAACUGUUUGCGACUACAAAAAUUAGUCAACAACGACCUUAUAAGGCGUUUCGAAUAUUCCUUAAACACGGAGGUGGCUUCUAGUCGUUUAAAGCUGGCGUCUCUAUUGUACUCUAUGGGUCACUUUCACUCGGCAGUAAGAGUGUUGGAGGACGUGGAGAAGAGAUAUCACAGAAAGGUCAAGACUGUAUGUUGCCGUAGGCGUUUUAAAGGAGACCGUGAUCUCAAAGUUUUUGCAAGCAUGAUAUCAGAUAAGUGUGACAACCUAUUCAAUGAACCUCCAUUCGCGUUAUGCGUCAAGUUUGUAAGACAAGAAGUGUACUGCGCUCCAUACAUAUUGUGGUUUGAAAUGAAUCGCAACAUAGCUGAAGAGGAAGUUGAACAGAGAGAUAGUUCAGAGAAACCAUGGAUGGACUGCGCUGAGGUUGAUGCGCGUCCGUUCUUAUACUAUUUACAGUACCUUACGUAUGGAGGACUCGGUGAACGUAACAAACAACUACAUGCGCUGAGAGAACUCCAGUCUUAUAUUUGUAUACAUGAUGAAAUGAAAUAUCUGUAUCACCCUGAGACUUCACUGAACUUUCUUGGUCACUGCUGGGAAAUGGAAGGACACUUUGAAGGGGCAUUAGAAUACUACGAAAGGUCGUUGAGAGGGUUAUAUCAGAACAAUGCUGCUAACUGGCACGUGCAGCGUGUGCAGCGUCUUAUAUGUAGUUAAACAUAUGAUAUUAACAGUUAUCAUGUGCAUGAUAUUAAAAAAACACACUCCAUGUACACACAUUUCCAGGAUUUAAUGUUUUUGAUCAUUUUAUGUAUUCAAUCGUAUACAAUAUUAAAAAAACACAAUUAUAUAUGUUUAUGUGUAUUUAAAAUUAUUAUGAACAUAGCAUUCAUGUUCCUCAUACACUUUUAUAAUUUUUCUGAAGAGCAGGAACUAAGUUAUAAAUGUUUAAAUUGCUUUGUAUACUGAUAAUUUGUGAUGAAUUAGUGUCGUAUGCAUCUGCAUCUAAAUUAUAUAUCUUUAUGUAUAUUUAAAAUUAUUAUGAACAUAGCAUUCAUGUUCCUCAUACACUUUUAUAAUUUUUCUGAAGAGCAGGAACUAAGUUAUAAAUGUUUAAAUUGCUUUGUAUACUGAUAAUUUGUGAUGAAUUAGUGUCGUAUGCAUCUGCUAAUUGGUGUGUGUUGUAAAUGUACGUCUGGAACGUAAUGAAGUGUCACUAAUUAUGUGAAAGCGCUUCUCAUAUGGAUAUAACCUCAAACGUGUAUAUCAAUUUGAUUAUAUUCAUAGUAUCAAUCAAGAGUUCUGAAACAAUUGAACGAUAUGAUUAUUAUAUAAAUCUCGAAAACGUAGUUUAGUUACUACAAUUAGUGCUACUACUUCUACUAAAACUUUUAUUACUACUUCUACUACUAUGUUUUACUGCUUCUACUGCUACUCCUGCAAUGACUAUUGCCCUGGUACUGCGUCUAAUACUUCUACAGCUACUUUUUCUUCUUCUUCUACAACUACUACUACUACUACAACUACUACUACUACUUCUACUACUAUUACUAAACCACAACUAAGAACAACAACUACUUAUUCUACUACCACUUAUACUGCUGCUGCUACAACAACAACUACUACUACAACUACUACUACUACUUCAUAUAUUUUCUUGACCCAAUGAAACUGUCAACAAUACGCUUACAUUAGUUAAUCAGUUGCAAUUAAGUGUUGUAAAAUAGAUAUCUCUUAUUAUUAACAAUGAAAAUGUUACAUUUUAACCACGAGAUUGAAGUUAUGCUACUUCAUGAUGACAACGAUGUUUUUUAAGAGCUUGAAAGAAAUGAAGACAAUGAAAUUCCUUUUUUUAUUUUUCCUUAUCAGAUGAUGUACAUUUGUUUGGUUCUAUGUUUAAGUGAAUAAAUCUGAAAUAUUUAUGCAUCCUACUGCUACAUUAAUAUUAAGAUUAUUUGAUUGUUUUUAUCUCCCUUGUUGUUUAUCAUAAGGAUAAAAUGUUAUUUAUAUAAAAAUAAAGCGUAUUAAGACUUAUAAAGUUACUUCUUGUAAUGUGUGUAUCUAUAUGAAAUCAUAAUAAAGCCAAUGCCAUUCUUGUAGUAGGAUUUCUUAAAUGAUUGUCAUAAACAAUAAUGUCCGAUUAAGCGACAGUUUUCACAUCGCAAAAAAGUGGCGACAACUUGUUGGGGCCAGUGAAACACCUGCUGUAUUUAAAUGCAGCUAAGAAUUAUUGAGCAAAAAUCAAAGUGACGAAAAAAACAACCAUAUUAAGAAUAGAUUUUCUUGAAGCCAUGUGGCUUUACCACCUUACUCAAAUCCAUAUAAAGGUAUGAGUUUUUGGAUAACAGGUACUUUCUGUAAUAAAAAUAAGAUUUUAUGGUAUUGUAUUUCUUAAUGUAGUUUUUAUGUUCGUAUUUAAUGCUUUCAAAGUUGGUUGGACGGUGUGUUGGACUGCGGUCGUCCAACUUCAUGUCGCAUGUUUAAUACGUUAUAAAUCUGUAAAUCUUGGUUACUUAUUUUAACCAAUAAAACG